AUGAGCUCUUCCAACACUUCCCUCAACCCAAUGCUUCUUCAAGAAGUCUCUCGCAAGCGUAGCAUCGAUCAUGUUGAGGAUUCGGUUCACGUCCCUCAUCAGGCCCCCAGGGUUUACAUCAAGCGUACCCGCAUUGUACAACCUACAACCCUAAUUCAUCCUCAACCUCAAAACAUGACAUAUAGCCACACGGGAGUGACAACUUGUUCGCCAUAUUCCGUGCCAAGUAUGUACAUUGGAAGUGGAAGGAUACAAAGACCAUAUCCGAACAUGUUUGAUAAUUCGGCCUGCGUUGCUAAUAAUCUCAGGCCGUACAUCAACAGUGCGCGAUAUGCACCACCUCAGGUGCAAAACUUUGUAUACUGCCAACCUCAAAGCUUGGUAUACUCCAACACAGGAACAACAUCGAGUAUGCAAACUUUUGUGCCGAAUUUGUAUGUUGACAGUGGAAGGGGAUUGGUUCAAAGACCUCCACAGAUGAACUAUCAGAGACCAGCUAGGGAUGAAGCCUUCGAGGCAUUUAAGCUGAAGUUGGCACUGGAGUUAUUGAUGUCUCCUGAACCUACCACACCUAGGUUAAUGAACGGGAUCCAAUGUAGUCCCACAACAUCUUAUCCAUCCCUACCUUCAUCACUUAACCCGUCUCCAACAGUGACAUUCAGGCCGGCAUUAUAUCCUUAUCGGCCUUCCAACCCACCGAUAGAGAGGAGAAAGCCGAUGUCUGGGUCAUGUGGAAAUGUAUCAAAUCACAUUCCAUACUAG